CUGUUGCACCUGGUGCCCAAAUGCAACGAUGAUAAAAUUUUAAUUGUACCACGUGUUGAUGAAUGUAUUUAAUUUUAAUUGUACAAGUUGUGGAAGUGUUACUACGCGCAUUACGCACAUUUGGAAAAGUACUUUAUUUUUCAAAAAGUAUGAGGUCAGGGAGUAUCCCUCAGGGGUUUUGGCACCGCAAAGCAUUUUGCAAAAUACACUAUAGAUACGAGUCUUUUAUAUAUAUCUGAUGCACGUCCCAAAAAGUCCACGACUUCCGUUGCUUAGGUCUCUCUCCCUCUCUCCUUCCCCAGCGCUGGCUCUGGAACAGCGCAGCCGCUCUCACGUGGUCCGCCUGGGCCCAGUAAUGCACAGGGCCCCCGAUGGCCCCGCCCCCUGCGGGUGACGUACGUGCGUUACGUGCCCGCUCUCCCCUGGUUACCAGCUGUUCUUGCUCGGGGGGGCUGAUUCCUAAAAUGGCGUGCAACUGAUUUCCGUCGCCCCCCCCUCCUCUUUCUCCUCCCCCCAACGCCGACUUCCACUCAAGAGUAUUUUUUUUGUACCUAUCUUACGUUCCAGCAGUGCGAUUGAUUCGAUGGGCGUCCACAGCCGGCAACGGGGGAAGGCGGUCAUCCAUUUGUGGCGGUAGGAGCGCCUGUUGGAGACGGAUCGUCUUCCUCCUCCGUCGUCCCCCUCCCCCGGCGGGGCUUUAAUCCUCUUCCAGUUGCGUGGAUGUGCAAGAUGGCUCGGGGCCCCGGACGGCACUGAAGACUGCAGAAGAAAAAUAUUCCUUUUUGGUUAGAAGAGAUAUGAGAAGAGAUGUGACGGGAGUGUGGCUUUCAGAUCACUGAAGCCUUUUACUGUUGCUUCAUACACUGGCAACAUGAACCGUGAAGAUAGAAAUGUACUACGAAUGAAAGAACGAGAGCGGAGAAAUCAAGGAAUUCAGCAGAAUGAAGAGACUUUCCCUGGAAAUUCCCCUCUCUUUGCUGAGCCGUAUAAAGUACAGGGGCGGACAGAGGAUAAACUUUCUAGCAGAAUCCAGAGCAUGUUGGGAAACUAUGAUGAAAUGAAAGACUUGAUAGGAGAAAGAUCUCUUCAAAAAUUCAUUGACAUACCCAAAGGGACAGUUCCAUCAACUACAGAUGAAAAAUCUGAUCAAGCUUUCUUUGCUGAGCAUAGACACAGUGCAUCUCACCAAAGCAGUAAGUGGACUCCAGUGGGUCCAGCAACUUCUGCCCCUAGUACUUCAUCGCAGUCACAAAAGAGAUCAAGUUCAGGGCUGCAGAGUAGCCAUGGCAGCAGCCAAAGACAUGGCGGUGGCAGCAGCAAUACCGGGAGUGGCAGUAGCCAGAGACAUGAUCGUGAUUCAUACAGUAGCAAUCGUAAGAGAAGUGGGCAACAUGGAUCUGAACAUUCAAAGUCCCAUUCAGUCAGUCCAGCAAAGCCACCUGCAGUUUCUUCAUCUUUAAGUUCGAGUCAUUCCAGAUCUCAAGGAAGUGACCACCAUAGUAAAGAGCGCCAUCGGUCAAAAUCUCCCCGAGACCUGGAUGCUACCUGGGACUCUCCAUCACGUGUUCAUACUUUUCCUGCUAGUGGGCAGCAUACUUCGCAAUCUUUCACUCCUGCAUUGAUGUCCAAACCCAGCUCAAUGUUACAGAAGCCCACUGCAUAUGUAAGGCCUAUGGAUGGACAGGAUCAAGCCCCUAAUGAAUCAGUAGAACCGAAAAUUCCUUCUGAGCAUUAUGGUAGCCAGUCUCAUGGUAGCAGUCUAGCAGAAAUGAAGUCUGGCAACAAAGUACUACUUUCAAAACUAAAAAUCCCAUCUCAACCGGUGGAGUCUUCUGUCUCAGGUGACACCAGCUGCGUGGAUGAAAUUUUAAAGGAAAUGACUCAUUCCUGGCCACCACCUCUGACAGCAAUUCAUACACCAUGCAAAGCUGAGCCAUCAAAAUUUCCAUUUCCAACAAAGGAAUCUCAGCAUGCUAACUACAGUGUACAAGGGCAGAAGAGGUACAAUUCAACACCAAAGUCAACCUCCACUCAUCCUCAAACAAAAUGCUCAGAAACUGACCAGACUCCUUCAGGAGUGUUGGAAGAGGACCUCAAACUUAGCAGCAGUGAAGACAGCGAUGCAGACCAGGACUUGGGGAAACAACCUGCAAGGGUUACUCCUGAAGGUAGUUCUGAGCCUUCCCAGCAAAACAAUGAGUGUAUGGAACCUCCAAGAGCUGACUCCAGCAGCCACAGUGGGUCAGAGAGUAGUUCUGGAUCUGAUUCUGAAAGUGAGAGCAGCUCCAGUGACAGUGAAGCUAAUGAACCAUCAUGUAUUUCUCCUGAGCCUGAACCACCACCUUCAAGUAAAUGGCAGUUAGACAACUGGCUGAACAAAGUGAAUUCUCACAAAGUUUCACCAGCUUCUUCUGUGGACAGUCAUAUUCCAUCAUCACAGAGCCGCAGUUAUAAAAAGGAGAGUCGAGAUCAGGGUGCCACAUAUGAGGAUCCAGGUGGAUCCAAGGAUGUAUCUGUAGCCACACCUGGGCGAGAUUCGAGGAAUGCACAGAAAGGAUCAGAAACUAGAGGUCGUCAAAAGUCACCAGCUCAAAGUGAUGGUAAUACACAGAGGAAAACAGUUGGUAAAAAACAGCCGAAGAAACCAGAGAGACCAACUGUAACUGAGGAGCCAAGGGGUGGGCUAAAAGUUGAAAGUGAGCCUGCAUCUGAUAGAGCAACUCUUAUUCCUGUAAAUCGUCCCAAAGCUGCUACGAAAGGUUCUAGAAAGCCCAGCACAAAACGAGAGUCCAAGUCCUCGACAAGAGCGACUAUUGAAAAGAAACGCAAGAUUAUCAGCAAAACACCACAGAAAUCAAAAGAGCAUGUUCAAACAGACUUGUCAUCCUCUGAUUCUGAGCAAAGUGAAACUCUACCCCCUGCUUCCCAAACUCCUAAGUACUCUGAGAAUAAUAGGACUCCUGUCCAUAAAUCCUCCAUCGACGGGGAAGACAGCUUUUUCCAACAAAGGCUUUUCUCUCCUAUGGAAGAGAAAGAACUACUUUCACCACUAAGUGAUGUUGAUGACAAAUACCGUAACAUUACUUCACUCAUUGUUAGAAUUGAUUUAAGUCUGUUAUCUAGGAAACCUGAAUCACCUCAUAAGGAAACAAAACAACCCCAAAUGGAUAAGGAGAUCUCUUUAGAUAAACGCAUGCAUGACACUCCAAAGCAAUCCGCUGAGAAAAAGUCAAACAAAGGCAAGCGAAAACACAAAAACGAUGGAGAAAUUGAGAGUUGUGAAAGCAAGAAGUCCAAAAUAGAAGAGAGGACUAAUUCUAACCACAAACCAUCUGGUAGCAGAGAGAGUUCUUCAAAACCAAUUACUGAAAGAGAAAAGAUGCCUCCGUCUUCUCCAUCUGCAAGUGUUGGACAAAAGACACCCAAACCUGAGCAUAAACAUCCAAGUCGUAAAAGAACUGCCAAUCCAACAUCCACCUCAAAGAGCAAGAAUAGUAACCCAAAGCAGACUAGUAGCAGCAGUAAUAGCAGCAAAAACAGUUCUUCCUCUUCCAAGCAUAAAAAAGCAGAUGAUAAAACAUCCUCGCGUCCAAAGGAAAGCCGAUCAUCACAAGAAAAAAAUCCAGUUAACUCCUUGAACCCUUUGCAGUCAUCGGCACCAUCAGGAGAUGGUUUGAAGUCAAGGCGGCCCAAACUCAGCUUUGAUGAUCGAUUACAUUCAGCAGAUCAUUACCUUCAGGAAGCAAAGAAACUUAAGCACAAUGCCGAUGCACUGUCUGACAGGUUUGAAAAAGCAGUGUAUUAUCUUGAUGCCGUUGUAUCUUUCAUUGAGUGUGGCAAUGCUUUAGAACGAAAUUCUCAGAAAGCCAAAUCUCCUUUCCCAAUGUAUGCUGAGACAGUAGAACUUAUCAAAUACACUAUGAAGUUAAAGAAUCAUAUGGCACCUGAUGCUACAGCAGCCGAUAAAAAGCUAGCAGUCUUGUGUCUCCGAUGCCAGUCCCUUUUAUACAUGAGGUUGUUCAAACUGAAGAAAGACAGUGCACUAAAAUAUUCCAAAACAUUGACUGAACACCUUAAGAAUUCGUAUAACAGUGCACAAGCUCAGUCACCUGGCGUAGGAAGCAAAGCAGCAGGCACACCAUCCCCAGUGUCUCCCAAGCUCUCUCCGGGUAAUACAGCAACCUAUUCCUCGGGAUCCAGUACUUCCUCCAGCAGUUCUUCUGCCUCGGUCACAAUUCCACAGAGGAUCCACCAGAUGGCAGCCAGUUACGUUCAAGUUACAUCCAAUUUCCUCUAUGCCACUGAAGUAUGGGAUCAAGCUGACCAGCUGGGCAAAGAAAACAAAGACUUUUUUGUGGAACUGGACAAAGUGAUGCAUCCAUUGGUAUUCAGCAGCAGCAGUAUGACUGAUCUGGUGCGUUACACCCGGCAGGGUUUACAUUGGCUUCGCCUGGAUGCCAACCUGUUACCAUGAGCUUGGAAAAGUUGGAUGGAAGACCUGAAAAAUCUGCCUUUUUCUAACUGUCUCAGAAUUACUUCAUGUCACUCUUUCCACUUUUUCUAAUUGUAAAUAGGCUCCUGACCUUUUACAGAACAAAAAUUAUGAUAUAUUACCAAUGAAACUAUUUUUGAACCUAGUAACAUAACUUUCUGAUAAUACAUAUAGCAAUUUUUAACAUUUCUGUUACAUUUCCGCACAGAUACCUUGGAGCUUUGGGAAUUUUUUCCUAUUACACAGGAUCAUUUCAUUUUGUUUGCAUCAGUCUCCUAAUCAUGCAAACCAUGACUCCCAUCUUUUACGUUACACUAAUCAAACAAUCACAGCUUUGAAACAAAAAACAGCUUAACUUGCAUGGAAUCUUCAAUGGGUGCAUUAUAUUUUAUAUUGAUUCUCUAUUAUGUUUAAUGUUACCAAAUAAGUUCAUAGCUAUUCUAAGGAUAACUUAAGAGUUUCACCAACCUUUAAAUACUGUUCAGUUUCUUGGCUGAAUCAGGAAUUAUCACAGGGUAUGUUUUAGAAAAAAAAUAUUAAUUGUGAGACUGUUGCAUGUUUAAAGCCAGAUCUUGUUUCUGGGUCAAAUGGUAUGACCUUAUUGGGAAAUUUACUACUUCCACUGAAGUAGAAAAUUGUGCUGCUGCUGUAUCUAUGGUACACAGUUCUGUGAACAGCAUUGACUUUUUAGCACAGUUAAUAUUGCAUAAUGAUGAAUGGAUCUAUUGUCAGUUGGACAUUAAGAUAUUAAGUGGAUUAUUUACUGCAUUCAUUUUUGAAUGUUGUGUUGGCUAACGGAAUUGUCCAAAAUGGUCUAGUGUAACAUUUGUACAGAAGGCAUGCAGUCUUGUACAGAAGAUGUACAACAUUCAUAAGGUUAUAGUAACCAUUCUGAGAUGCUAGACAAAUUUGCAUCACACCAUAGCUUCUGCUUCCAGUUAACCACUCAUCAGUUUCACUGGGAAGAUAACUAAUUCAACCUGGUGUAUAUAGACAAGAGUGCAUUGUCCCAAAAAUGAAUUGACACCUUUUCACAGUGAGAUCUAUAUUUGCCUGGAAUGAUUUUCAUUUAACUGGAUUUGUUUUUUUUAAAAGUUGGAUGUGCCACAGUAUAGAAAACAACUUUUAAAAAUGUAAUUGAAUUCCUAUGUAUUAAGUAUAAGAAAUGGAAACUCCAAGCUUACCAGUCCAACAAAUAUGCUUCAGAGUUGCACUGCUUCUUUAAAUGUCAUUGAUUAACAUAACUGCAUUUCUUUAAAACUGAAACAGUAUAGCAAUUUAUAUUUUCUGUAUGUUUUUGUCACAUUCUGUUUGGGAGUUUGAAUCUGCCACGUCAAACACACUGGGUGUGCCUUAUAGAUCUCUUAUAUUUCCCCCCUCAUUUUGUUAUACAUUUUCAGUAGAUUACAAGGUGCUACAUCAAACACUAAAUCUGUGUAAAUGAUGUAAUUUUGGAGAAAUUGUUGUUUUUCAUCUUGGAUCAUGCUGUAUUGUUGAAUGUUGAUAUAGUUUGUGACCACAUCUGCCAGAUAUCCAUGCCACUCCGAUCUUUUAAAAUGAUUACACUAGUUUGUGAACCGGAGAUUUGAUCUAUUUCUGUGAGAGUAAACAAAAACAUUUGGGGACAGGUGCAAACAUUUUUAGUAAACAUAAUGUGCAACCAGGUGAGAUAAAGUGUCCUGGAAGAAUCUAUUUUAAUGUAAUUAUUUAAAAUGUAAUGUCAGCCUGUAAGUUUUUGUUUUGAAACAUUUCUUAUCCUGCCAAUUAAAAAAAAUCAUACACUUGCCAUAAUCUAGCAUUAUGAUGGCUAGGUUGCAGUCAAUAAAUAUAUUAACUUAAAAGGCAAAAAAUAUUAUUUGGGGAGGGGUAUGUUUGUUUUACUAAAUCAGGCCAUUUUAUUUAUGUAUUUAUUUUAUUUUGAGGACAUAUUCUGAAAAUGUGUUCUGUCUGCUGCUUUAAAAUACUCUGUAAUGGAUUUCCUGCUGAAGAUCCAUUAAUGUGCUUGAAAUGAGAAGUGGCAUCAGUAUUGAGAGUGCAUGGAUGUGACAGAAUGUGAGUGAACAGCAUGAACAAGGGCUAUUAUUUUACCUUUUCCCAGAAAGAUUUAAAUUAUUCUGGAAUAUUUCCAUCCGUGUGGAAAGAUGGGCUUGAUUGUGAGAAGCUGUGCCUGAUUUAACAGUAUCUCUUUUGCAACACUAUUGAGUUAAUAGGAUGCCUCUUACAUAGGGCUUGUCAGAAGUAUAUUUUUUAAAAGAAAUGGCAACUUUAAGAUUCUUAGGGGUUCCAUAAUGGGGCUGCAAGGAACAGCUCAGCAACCAUGCUUUUCCUCGCAUCUGUUACUGCCGAAAUGCCUUUGUGUUUAUGGCACACAUUGGAGAAUUCAAACAAAUAAUAUUUUGUGUAUUUAAAAAAAAAUGAGUGCCACUUGUUAUAGCCUAAUACUUACAAAGUAAUCAGUUUUUGUAAUGUAUUCUCCUGUGUCUAUUCUGUUGAAACUGCUAAUAUAUUGACCCACAGUACGAAAUACCCUUUAAACUAUUAACUAGCAGAGUCUUCCUGUACAGUGGUAUAUGGAGAGAUCCUCAAACGUUCACUCAGCCAAAUUCCAAAAUGGUUUCAAUCUUUACCGUUGUCUUCUUGAGCUGUGUAUUUGAUGUUAAUACUGAAGAUGUGUGAUAGGUUUGUGUCUGUUAUGAUGUCUGCCAUGAAAUAUCAAGUUUUUAAAUGUAAUGUGUAUUUCUAAUUAUAAAUGUUUAUUUGAUAGAAAUAACUGACCUUAUAAUAUUUUAUAGUAUUUAUUACUGUAGAUAUCUAGGUCAUCUCGACCUUUUUAGCACAUCGUUCCCAUUUAAUGCUUCCUUAUGAUUUGUUUUAAUUUUCAGAUCUAAAGAUGAACAAAAUUCAAUUGCUCAUUAGCUGCACAGUUUGUUUAAUUUCAGACUAGAGCUACAAAUGAAUUUAUGGAAACACGUUGAGCAUUUGGGUAUAAAGUAUGAUAGAAAAUAGUUACAGUAAAUAAAAGGGAAAUGAUAACUAUGACCAUUUGAGUAUGCACCUGACUUUUGUAUCUUCCUGUAAAGACGUUAUUGAAAUCUGUUCUGAUCAGUGUUUGUACCUCACUAAAUCAUUGUUCUCAAUUUGCCUGUGGUCUUUUUGCUUUUAAUUUGGAGAGUCACUGAAAAUGAGCAUUUUCAUACAAUGUUAAGUUGAUUGUUUAAUGAUUUCUUAGUUACUGCCCUACGUUUUCCCCUCCCAGUAAAACUACCUGUCAUGAACAGGUUGUUUAUGUCAAUAGUAGAAGAAAAAAUGUAGUUACACAAUUAUUAACACUUUGAAUUGUUUUGGAGGCCCACAGCAUGUCUGCUUUAUGUGAAUUGUACACAUUCAUGGAGUGUUAAUCCUAUCAAAUAAAUGUAUUAUUAAAUAAAGGUAGUAUAAUUUAGGAUAUAUAACUUGCAAAACAUCCUUUGAUUUAAUGGGAAAUGGUCUAUUUUUCAUUGUAAUUUUCUUUUAAAUAUGCUCAAAAUAACGUGUUUACUUAUGAUUUAUAACACUUGAAAAUGUUGGAGAUGAAUAGUUAAAUCAGUAAGUGAAAGCUCUUUUAUAGCUGUGGAUGAGGUUGUUCUCUAACAUAGUGCCAUCUUUAGCAGUAUGCAGUAUCUUGGCCCUUUAGAAAGUACUGCAGAGAUUGCCUCGGAUAUGGUGAGGCAUUUGCAUUGGGAAGUAUUUGUAAGAUAAUCUGUUAAUGGCAAGUAAAGCAUUGUAUAACCUAAACUUUUGGCUUCUGUAAAGAUUAUAUAUUUUCCAUCAUAAUGGAAAAGGGUUUUUAGUAAAUCUAGAUUGUUGCAGCUCAGCUCUGUAUUUUUCAACUUUAGUCACAAGUUGCAUAUUUUUAAGUAAAAUGGGAUUCACAUAUUUACAGUGUAAAGAAAACCUCAGAUUCUUAUUAUUCUGUCAGGAAAAGUAGAUUUGCUUUGUAUAAUGCAGAUUGUUAACUUUAGUGAAUUUCCGGUGAGAUUUUUCUUUAAUAAAUUUUUCAAAUGCUGA